UCGCAUUUGAAUCGAUGUGAAAUUGUGAAUGGAACCGAUGGAACGAUGAUGAUGAACGAAGCGCUUAACUGAACAUCGUAGUGAAGCCUCUGUUUAGUAUAUCCAAAAGCCACUAUACCGCAUUUUGUCGCACAUUUUAACCAUGGCGCUCUGUUGUUCACUGUCCAAUGAAGUUCCUGAACAUCCUGUGGUCUCACCGGUGUCUGGAUCUGUGUUUGAACGUCGACUGAUUGAAAAGUACAUUGCUGAUAAUGGAGUGGAUCCUAUCAACGGAAAGGAGAUAACUGUUGACCAACUAAUUGAAAUCAAGGCACCUCCAAUUGUGAAGCCCAAAGUACCAUCUGCAACAAGCAUUCCAGCUGUGCUUAAGUCACUACAGGAUGAAUGGGAUGCUGUAAUGUUAAAUUCAUUUACCUUGAGGCAGCAGUUGCAAACUGCACGUCAGGAAUUAAGCCAUGCCUUGUAUCAGCAUGAUGCAGCAUGCCGUGUCAUUGCACGCCUCCACAAGGAGGUAUCUACAGCUAGAGAAGCACUUGCAACUUUGAAGCCACAUACUGGCUAUACUGCUGUAACUGCACCUUCUGUUGCUACCUCAGCUGAAGCUGGAGGAGUUGCAGCACAGCCCAUUGAAGCAGCCGGAUUAACACCAGAAAUUAUUUCACAAUUACAAGAUAAGGCCACUGUUCUUACGCAAGAACGAAAACGUAGGGGCAAAACUAUGCCUGAAGGAUUGGCUACAGCAGAAGCAGUAAAGGGAUACAAGAUUUUGGCAUCCCAUCCAGCGCUGCACAGUGCCAGUAUGCCUGGAAUUUUGACGAUGGAUGUUCAUGCGGCCGAUACCUCACAUAUCUUGACUGGAGGUAACGAUCGAUGCGCGACUGUUUUUAACAAGGAUACCGAACAGGUCGUGGCUGUCCUCAAGGGGCAUACAAAAAAAGUGACCAAAGUACUCUAUCAUCCAGAAGAGGAAGUAGCGAUUACGGCAUCCCCCGAUUCCACCAUUCGCGUUUGGAACAUAACCAGCUCUUCGCAGUCUGCCAUUAUUCGUGCCCACGAUGGACCAGUAACCGGCUUGUCACUUCAUGCAACAGGAGAAUAUGUAUUGUCGACCUCCCUGGAUCAGCACUGGGCAUUCUCUGAUAUUCGUGUUGGGCGGUUGUUGACCAAGGUUGCCGACACAGACGGAAAUCCCCUUACAACAGCCCAGUUCCACCCUGAUGGACUUAUUUUCGGCACUGGAACACAAGAUUCACAGAUCAAAAUUUGGGAUUUGAAAGAACAGUCUAAUGUAGCCAAUUUCCCAGGUCAUUCCGGUCCGAUUGCAGCGUUAUCGUUCUCCGAAAAUGGUUACUACUUAGCCACGGCAGCAGAAGAUUCUUGCGUCAAGCUAUGGGAUUUGCGCAAAUUGAAAAAUUUUAAAACCAUCCAACUUGACGAAGGUUACGAAGUUAAGGAUCUAUGCUUCGAUCAGAGCGGCACCUACCUUGCUGUAGCUGGCACUGACGUCCGCGUAUACCUCUGCAAGCAAUGGGAAACGCUUAAAACUUUCAACGACCACACUGCUUUGGCUAUGGGAGUCCGUUUCGGUAACCAUGCGCAAUCGAUUGCCUCGGUCAGUAUGGAUCGUACUUUGAAAAUUUAUGGCGUAGAAUGAUUCACCGUCUACACGGUUGAGAGAGAGGGUUUUUUAAUGAACAUUUUUUCGUCCUAUCCUUUUUUUUUUGCUGUAAGGUGCAAUUCGCAUCAAACUCUCGUCCUCACAAAUACACGCGUUUCAUUUUUUCCCAUCAA